AUCACCUUCCUCGUGUAAUCGCUCUUCUUCGUCUUUCUUCUCCUCCUCCUCCCGUCGAAAGGCGAAGAACUCUUAAGAAGGUACUGAUUUUCCACAGAAUGAAGUAACUAUUUUCGGAUUCCAUCACGUUCGAGACCUAAUCAGUUGACGUGAAUCGACAGUGCAAAGUAAUUGAAUUUUGGCUUCCUCGGCUGUGUUUAGACGACAACAGUUCUUGAUAAGGUCUCUUGGAGGUUUCGGUGAUUGCACCCAUCAGAAUAGGCGGCAACAAAUCAAAGCCAUGAGUGGGACUUCUGUUGAGGCUGAUGCUGAGAACAUUAUAAGAGCAAUUACACCUUCUCUUGAUCCCAACAGAUACAAAGGCCAGGCGGGGAAGAUAGCUGUUAUUGGUGGAUGUCGUGAGUACACAGGUGCUCCAUACUUCGCUGCUAUAUCAGCUUUGAAAAUUGGUGCAGAUUUGUCUCACGUUUUCUGCACAAAAGAUGCUGCUCCUGUCAUAAAGAGCUAUAGUCCAGAGUUAAUUGUGCAUCCCGUUUUAGAAGAAUCAUACAGCGUCAGAGAUGAGGAAAAGAAGUUCAUUGCAGAAAAGGUUCUUGCUGAGGUUGACAAGUGGCUGGAAAGAUUUGAUUGCCUUGUCAUUGGUCCAGGCCUCGGAAGGGACCCAUUUCUUCUGGAUUGUGUCAGCGAAAUCAUAAAGCAUGCAAGGCAGACCAAUAUACCAAUGGUUAUAGACGGGGAUGGACUCUUUCUUAUCACUGACAAUCUUCACCUUGUAAGCAAUUACCCCCUGGCCGUCCUAACUCCAAAUGUAAACGAAUAUAAACGUCUUGUGAAAAAUGUGCUGCUUGCUGAAAUCGAUGAACAAGAUGCUUCUAAGCAAUUGCUGUCCCUCGUCAAAAGGAUUGGUGGCCUAACUAUACUCAGGAAAGGGAGAGCUGACCUCAUCAGUGACGGUGAGACAGUACAAUCAGUGAGCAUCUAUGGUUCUCCUCGCCGUUGUGGUGGCCAAGGUGAUAUACUUUCAGGAAGUGUUGCAGUUUUCGUAUCUUGGGCACGGCGGCAAGGCUUAGCCACAGAUGGGAAUUUGGCUACCAGCCCUUUUACACAUAGCCCAAAGAAUCCAACCAUAUUAGGGUGCAUUGCUGGAUCUGCUCUACUUAGAAGGGCUGCAUCACUUGCAUUUGAGAAUAAGAAAAGAUCAACCCUUACUACCGACAUCAUCGAGUUCUUGUGGAGAAGUCUGGAGGAUAUUUCUCCGGCUCACUGAUCAAAUCUGCUGAUCUUGCAACCUUGCUGGAGGUACUCAUGAGUCAAUUGGUUGUGUCGGUCAUAUAUUCUAUUCCAGAGGCUAAUCAACAUGACAAUUGGUCGUUUCAUGUAGAAACAGACAAAGGCAGAGACAAUAUCUAUGGUUUUUAAGGCCAUCACAUCACCAUAGACAAAAUUUGCUCUCUUGGCCAUUGGAAUAUAUACAAUAAUUUGAGGCUCUGUUUGAUACGUUUCAGUAAUUGCAUAAUGUUCUGGUUCAAAUGUCAAUGAUAUGAAACAAUACAUUGGAAUAGAUGGUCGAAAAUGGCGGAAUCAAAAGUGGUGGAAAAUUCAAGUUUCUUUA